GUCGAGAGAACAGUUCAACCCACGUUCGAUAAAGUGUGUGAAGCAAGCGAGUUUGAGGAUUUCCAAGUCAAACCUUCAGUGUCUUCAAGCACAGUCUCCACCAAUGAUAAUCCUCAGCGGAACUUGUUUGCCUCGAGCACUAUCCAUCGCACAUGCAUGGGCCUGCACUUCGAAGGCAGUUGCUGAAUUUCCGAAUCCUAAGGCAGCACUGCUGUGGAUCGCAUUAUUGUUGUGCCUGCCUAGACAAACGUGCGAUGAAAAGUUGCUACAAAUCAUGGCAGUGAAACUACAAGCUGUUUCAUUCUCACUCCCAUCCAUUUGCACGGUAUAAUCAUCACGGUAUAAUCAUGACAGAAGCUCAUGCGUGCAUCCGGUUGUAUGAGGCUUCCGAUGACAAACGGGUCAGGUUCAGCAUCGGAAAGGCCUCGAUGGAGGGUCUCGCAGUCGCAAAUCGGAGUGCCUUUUUCCACCCAUUCACGCUUAGUGCCUGGGUGGCCCUGUCAUGCAUCAUGAUCCAGUAUCUCAACUGGUGGCCUAGACCGGAGUACGGGUUCCUUGGUUAUUUGCAACCUUUUCCAGCUUUUGGAUGUUGGGGCGCCGUUAUACUCUACCUCAUGGAUUGGUUCAACCGCCCACACUUCGAAGAUGCGUCUCUUGACUUGUUGCGAAGACCAGAUGUCGCGGACAUCGCAAACUAUUAUCGGCGAUCUCCCUCAUCAGGCCUUUUCAUCCUCGAGUAUGCCGGAAAGUUCGUCGGUCUCAUUGCUAUCGACGCGUCCAAGGACUCUCAGUCACAAAGCACGCUUAUGGACAAGGGAAAGCUACCUUCAUCCCUGAAGUCGAAGCAUACAAUGCCUCAGGGAACAUCGUCCGUCGCCACAAUCCGUCAUUUUUAUAUCGAGGAGCCAUAUAGGAAAGCAGGGAUCCAAAAGGACCUGCUCGCACAUGCCAUACAGCAUGCAUUUAAAGUGGACAAUACAGUCAAGGAGAUCAAGGUGGCCACUACUUCCCUGAUACUGUAUGCUCAAAAGUGCAUCCACGACGCCGGGUUUGCUUUGGAGAAGCCUAUUGGCAAGUUUGGUGUUUAUGGGUGGAAACUUGACCUACUCGUUCUCCGGAGGGCACAGUGGGAAAAACAAGAUGUUGUUUCGUAAAGUUAAUUAUUUACAAAUGUCGUAGUAGUUAGAAGGAACGGCUAUAUCGAGGACUUCAGUGGUUCCAGCGACUUGAGCCAUAUCAUGUUGAAGCAACUUGGACUCACCACAAAGAGAAGAUGUCUUUAUUCUCUUCCAUCAUCAACAACCCAAUAGGAUUAAAACCACAUCAACCACUGAUUAUCCUUCAGUCGUCUUCCGCACAGACAUGUUAUCCCAUCUUGAGGAAUCUGAUCUCAAAUUUCAGACCGACUACCCAGACUCUACUGUUUUGCUUCCUGCAUCCACCAUCGAGCUUGAUAAAUGUCGAUGAGGCUCCAAACAUCAUUGCGUUCGACUUCACUGAGCGAAUUCCCGGCUAUGACGAUCCGUGGUGUGGU